AGCGCUCUCUUACAGGCGUCCGUCCUGCAGCCCUUGCGAGUAGCGGCGCGUCCCACCCGGAGACCUCACAACACUCCCAGCCGCGCACGACAUGAACCAGACCCACUGGACCGGGAAGAGAACCGACAUGGUUCCGGAGAUCGCCGCCGCCGUGGGCUUCCUCUCCAGCCUCCUGAGGACCCGGGGCUGCGUGAGCGAGGAAAGACUUAAGGUUUUCAGCGGGGCUCUCCAAGAGGCACUAACAGAGCACUACGAACACCACUGGUUUCCUGAAAAGCCGUCAAAGGGCUCCGGCUACCGUUGCAUCCGUAUCAACCACAAGAUGGACCCAAUCAUCAGCAAGGUGGCCAGCCAGAUCGGACUCAGCCAGCCUGAGCUGCUCCGGUUGCUGCCUAGCGAGCUGACCCUCUGGGUGGACCCCUAUGAGGUGUCCUACCGCAUCGGGGAGGAUGGCUCCAUCUGUGUCCUGUACGAGGAGGCUCCGGUGGCGGCCUCCUAUGGGCUCCUUACCUGCAAGAAGCAAAUGAUGCUGGGCAGGAGCAGCCCCUCCAAGAACUACGUGAUGGCGGUCUCCAGUUAGACCCCUCCUCUCGCCCUGGCACACCACUGUACUCACCCUGCCGUGACAACAGGCCACCGCAUACCUCAGCCUGGGGAACUGUAUUUUUAAAACGAAGAGCUAUUUAUAUAGAUAUUAUUUUUUUUUAAGAAAAGGAGGAAAAAAAAAACCAAAAGAUUUUUUUUUUAAAGGAAAAAAAAAAGAUCCUUAAAGGGAGCUGCGUGGAAGUAGCUUCCCCAGGUGCCUUUGGAGAGAAUGUUUGUGUGCUCGAGUCUGGGAGCCAGGGUCUGUCUUGGGGAGGGGAGCAGCUAAGGGGAAGCAGGAGAGGGAAAGGAG